GUGCGGAUUUGGAGAUGGGCGUGACUCAAAAUAGCUUUAGCUUGCUAAGUGCUAGAGGAAGAUCGAUCCGCCAAAUUGAAGAAAACGACAAAUCGACUGGAAAGUACAGAGAGAGGCGAUACGUCGCUGCAGGAAGUUACCUGCAACCCAAAAACGCGUACCCCAAUGGCGACCAACUUCGUCAUGAGCACGAUGCCACCACCAACACCCCCAGCACCACCACCACCACCACCACCAUCUUCUCUUCCUCCUCCUCCUCUUCCUCCUAUUCAAACCUUCCAGCAGUCACCCCCUGCAGCUCCAAAUGGGUUUCCCAUUCAGGAGCCAGUGCUGGCUGAAAUACCUGAGAUAGCCAUGAUCUCGAACCCUAUUCCUACCCAAGUAGUCACAGGGCCUCAGCCUCCACACCUAGAUGUUGCCGGUGGCCCUUCUUCUGUUUCUGAGCUGCCGCUGGCUCCUCUGCCACCCCCACUCCCACCAUCCUGCACUAAGAAUCCCAACUGCAAGAUCAUGACCUUUCGUCCAACCAUGGAGGAAUUCAAAGACUUUGCGAAAUACGUUGCCUACAUGGAGAGUGAAGGAGCUCAUCGUGCAGGUCUGGCCAAGGUGAUUCCACCUGAAGGUUGGAAACCUCGGAAAUCCUAUGAGGCCAUUGAGAACAUGGUGAUCCCAGCCCCCAUCUCUCAAGUGGUGACUGGUCAGUCUGGUCUAUUCACCCAAUACAACAUCCAGAAGAAAUCCAUGACAGUGGGGGAGUAUCGCAAGCUGGCAAACAGCAAGAAGUACUGCACACCUAGACAUAAAGACUUUGAUGACCUAGAGAGGAAAUACUGGAAGAACCUGACUUUUGUGUCACCCCUCUAUGGCGCAGACGUUAGUGGAUCUAUUUAUGAUGAGGGCAUUGAGGAGUGGAACAUUGGCCAUCUAAACACACUGCUUGAUAUGGUGGAGCAGGAGUGUGGGAUCGUCAUAGAUGGUGUGAACACUCCCUAUCUGUACUUUGGCAUGUGGAAGACUACCUUUGCCUGGCACACUGAGGACAUGGAUCUCUACAGCAUCAACUACCUGCAUUUUGGACAGCCCAAGUCUUGGUAUUGUAUCCCACCGGAGCAUGGCAAGAGACUAGAGAGACUGGCACAAGGCUUCUUCCCUGGUAGUUCCCAAGGGUGUGAUGCUUUCCUUCGCCACAAGAUGACUUUGAUAUCGCCAUCCAUUCUGAAGAAAUAUGGUAUUCCCUUUGACAGGGUUACCCAGAAAGAAGGGGAAUUUAUGAUAACGUUUCCUUAUGGAUACCACGCUGGCUUCAACCAUGGCUUCAACUGUGCUGAAUCCACAAAUUUUGCCACUCUGCGUUGGGUUGACUACGGCAAAACUGCUACUCAGUGUUCUUGCCGCAAGGAUAUGGUCAAGAUCUCCAUGGAUGUUUUUGUGCGGUGCCUCCAGCCCGAUCGGUAUCAACUUUGGAAGCAGGGAAAAGAAAUCAUAGCAUUGGACCACUCAAGGGUCACGGAGCUGACAUCCCCAGAAUUGGAGCGCUGGAGACAGAAUCGUGUCACAUAUAGAGCCAAACUUCUGCGGAGAGCCAUGCAUAAAAUGAAACUGUUCCGCCGUCUUAAAGUUGACGAGGUGAAGGUUUUGGCAGAAGAGGGCAUUGAGGUAAAUGCUGCUGAAUACCAACGUCAAGUGGAAGAACGGGAAGCCCAACGGAAGCAGGAGAAAGACGAGCGUCUUGCCAGAGUAGCCAUGAUAACCCUUGAGGCUUUAGAACGUAAGGAACUGGAGGCUGCAGAAGCUGCUUCUAGAGCUGAAUGUUCAGCUGAAGACGAACCUGAGUCCCAGCAGCAGAACAUGACUGAGAAUAUGACAGAGGAUUUCCAAAUGCAGCAGAAAAAUACAGCAAUCACUGGAUUUCAAGAAGCAUUUGAACAAUUUGCUGCAUCACGGUCUUUCACCUCCAAUGUUACAGAGGAAAAAAAUUGCGAUCAGAAAGAGAAAACUGUUGCUCAGCCAAGUUACACCCCGCUGAAGAUGACUAAAGUUAAGAAGAGCCGACGCCACCCCCUCACCAAACCACCCAUGCGGUCUCCUUUGUCCGUUGUCAAGCAAGAUCAGACUGGUUCCAAAGAGCUCUCCUCAUCCUUGGCACUGAAAAGCAGCAUGGAGAAACAGGAGCACCUCUGGCAAAGUCGCUCCCGCAAUUUCUUGGCUGAGAAGGCCUUCAAUUCUGCUGUGUCUAUCCUCCAGCCAUACUGUGCUGUCUGCUCCCUCUUCUGUCCAUAUUCAAAGCCAAUCACUGAACCGGUCAAACUAAAUGAUGGCCAACAGCCCUUCACACCUCAUCAUGGGAGUCGAACCCGCCCAAUAGUCCCUGAAAUGUGCUUUAGUGUUGGGACAGGCAGCACUGAACCUCUUCCCACUAGCAACUACAUUGGGGAGGAUGGAACCAGCAUCUUGCUACGUUGCUCCUCAUGCAACAUGCAGGUUCAUGCCAGUUGUUUUGGUGUCAACCCAGACACUGUGAAGAAUGAGUGGACAUGCUCCAGAUGCAUGGCAGGUGCCUGGGGAGUGGAGUGUUGCCUCUGCAAUUUACGGGGAGGAGCUUUGAAGGUUACCAUCGACAACAGGUGGGUCCAUAUCAUCUGUGCCAUUGCAGUGGCCGAAGCUCGUUUCAUCAAUGCCAUUGAGAGGGAGCCAGUAGACGUCAGUGCUGUUCCAGAAAAACGAAAAAAUCUGGUAUGUGUCUUCUGCCAUGGCAAGAGUGACAAUAAAAACCGCGGCGCAUGCAUCCAGUGUUCUGAGGAGAACUGCGCAACAUCUUUCCAUGUUACAUGCGCCCAAAUUGCUGGAGUUGUCAUGAAACCAGCUGACUGGCCCUACGUUGUGUCUGUCACCUGUCACAGGCAUAGAACAGUUAUUCUAAAGCCACGUACUCCAGUCAAAGUCCAGUCAAAGGGCCCUACCUUGGGUCAAAGGGUAAUAGGCCGCAAUACGGAUAGCUGGUAUUACCAUUGUACCAUCAUCGGCAUUGCCACACAAACCUUCUACGAGGUCAAUUUUGACGACGGCUCAUACUGUGACAACAUAUUCCCGGAAAACAUAACCAGUCACAACUGCCUCCGUAGAGGUCCUCCCGAUAGUGGAGAGUUGAUCGUUGUCAGCACGCUUGACGGUCAAGACCUCAAUGCUUCUUUUGUCAGAGAACACACACACAAGGUCUUCCAGGUUGAGUUUGACAACAAAAGUCAGCAGUUGCUUAAACAGUCAGAGAUCCAUCUGUUGGACCAGGAACUGCCAAAGAGGGUCCGGACUCGUCUUGCCAUACCUACGUCCCAGGAGGACACUUCUUCAUUACAAGAUGGAGCCGGAGCAGCCAAACGCCGCUGCCUCCCCUCCACCUCUACCCUACACACCAACGCCCCCGCGGCAACGAUACCCCCACCCCAGCCGAUUCUUCCUGUAGCAGCACCGCCGUCGACGCACGUGGGCAUCACGAGUACUGUGGCGGCCUCGCAAGUUCGUUCCACCAUCAGCACGAGCUCAUCUCUAGCGUCCGCGCCCCCCAAUGUUACUCCGAUGCUUCCUGGGGCACUGAUGGGCACAGGCAGUGCCUUGUCCCAUGUUUUGACGAAUUUGAACCCGGACCCCGCGAUAACAAGCCAUUCGGCCCCUUUCCAGUGUCAAUUGAACUCUGACCCCCUUUUAUCAGCGCAGUCCCCUGCUCCGCUUCCGCCCACACCACUGCCCCCGACCGUGCAGAACAUGUUGGACAAUUACAUGCCAAGCAGCGGCUAUGUCUCCUACAUGGAGACCCUCCUUCAGUCACAUUUUCCCCAGGAUGAGGGCCAGUUUUAGAGAACGACUCAACUCUGCAACACCAAUGUGAUGGACGCUAAUAGGAGGGAAGUGUUGUGAGUGUGCGUUAUUGGACACGAACAUGUCGCACCAGCUCUUAGAGACAUGAAAGCACUCUUUUAAUGCACGUUCCUUUUUUUUUUUCCUUUUAAGUAGUUUGAUUGCAGUGGUGCUUCAGCAGCUGGUAAACAGGAUGCCCCUCCCCCCCUUUUUUGUUCCUGCUAUUAUUAAUGCUAUUAAUAAUGGUAUUAAUGUUGUUGGUGUUGGUGGCAGUUUUUUUCAAAAUACCUUUUUUUUUUAAUUAUUAUUUUGUACUGUUGCUCUGCUUUUGUUUUUAUCUUUGGGUGGUGUCAACUCAGUACCUCAUAGCAAUAUUCGUUAAUUGGAGGCUCUUACUAUGGGGACAGUGAGCUAUAGUUAUUGUUUAUUUGGAGUGUCCUGUAAAGAAUGAUUUUUUUUUUAAAGUAACCAGCAUCAAAUAUCUAUUUUUCCGUAAAACUGAGUGUAGCCUUUAAUCUACAGUCAGACAGGUCAUACGGGACAACAAUUUCACUCCAGUGUUUUUUUUCCCCUGCAAGCGGGCAGAAGGAUUAAAAUGUAUUCAUGGUAAAGUCAGUAUUUAAAUGUCUUAGAUAUUGAAUAAGAUUUAAUAGGAAGCAUAUUAAGAUAUUGAGUCAGUCCACAGAAAGCAUUGCAUCAUUUGUGAAAAUGUAACCGUAGUUAACGAAAAAGUCCUUGUACGUAUUGGCAUUAUUUAAUGGUCAUUUGGUGACUCCCAAGUUUUCACUUGCAGACAUAUCUCAGGGUUCCUUCAUUUACAUAGGAUAGUUGAGAGCUUUGUACCGCUGAGGAAUCCUCUGGUAAUGUAGUAAUUUAGUUCAAAUAGUCCAUUAAAAUCGUAUACUUUGAGGAAAUGUGUUGUAUAAGCAUGGGAACCCGGAGGUGUGAUGGUAUGAAAUGCUAUGUAUAGUCUCUGUGUUGUAUGAUUACAGUUUGUAUCUUUUUGA